GAUUUAGUAGUGUCUUACUGGAGUUGGAUUUUGUGAGCGUCGCUGUGCUGACUGCUGUUAGCGCGUCAUCUUUACCCCCCAUUGCACUCUCAGGCUCAGCAUGAGUCCACCAUGGCUGCCGCAGAAUAUCCAGAAGCGCCUCCUGCGCUAUAUUCUGUCUCGUGCUGCUAUUUUUAAUGAGCUGGAUCUGGCCAAUCUAGACGUGCAGUUGGGAGCUAGCAGCUCUGUUAUCCUUCGCAACCUGCGUCUUAAUGUCGAUGCCAUCACUAUUCCCGGUAUCUUUUUAAGAGAUGGAGUAGUUGGUGAGAUUAGAGUGCAAAUUCCCCGUAAUAUAUUGUCCACGCCAAUAGACGUGAGACUGUCAGAGGUCAAUGUCACCGUCGCCCCGUCAGCUUCCGGUCCGUCGGCUGAGGAGUUCAUCGCCCGCGCUACCAAUGAGCUUGCAACGUCGUUUUUACGAAGCGAAUCGGUGGAAGAGACAAUCGAACUGGAGAAAUCUAUCAUCCACCCGCAACCUGAGAGUGACACGGAAGGUGCGGCGUCAUCGGAAGGGACUGAUAGUAUGUCUGAAACCGACGACGAACUUCUAGGCUUGGGAACGGGUGGUUUCAACCUACAGUCGAUCAUGGCAAAUGUCGUUGACCGACUUGUUUCUCAGCUAAGGGUUACGAUCGAGACACUUUCGCUGCGAGUUGUGCUGCAGGAUAUGAUCUUGCAAGGAACCGUCGGCCAAGCGGUAUUCGGGACAUCUGGCGACAGCAGAACUAUCAAUCUCAAAGACGUUCAAUUUGAUCUUCCGCCAGAUUUGAAACAGCUGCAUUCUCAGUCUAAGCGCGAGUCAGUUUCUUCUUAUGAGUCAGCUGAAUCUUCAACCGAUUCUGACUUUUUGUCGAAUUCUGAUGGCGAAGACGCCGCUUUCGAUAUGUCGAGAAAGCUGCGGGCAGGUCAACGGUCUUACGGAAGUCACUCGAUGACUGAAAGCAUGCUUUUCUCUAGCAGAGAGGCCAGAAGUAUUUAUCAAAGCGCGCUUAGUCCAAGUGAGCACGGGCUUAAGGGAUCAUCGAAACUUUCGAGCACUGUUUAUCAGUCAACCUAUGAUCCACCAAGCAGCUUGUCCCGAGGAUCGAAGCGUGGUAUAGAGACCAUCAGUGAAACGAAAUCCGAGUCAUCGCCCCGGUUACUCUGGUGCGAUGAGCUUGACGUUCGCGUGAAAAGCUCGUUUUCCAUGGCCGAGAUCAAACUCGGAGUUUUAAAAUCAGGAUUAGCUCACAUCGAGGACGUGGUUGCUGGGAUUAACCAUCUUGUUGAGGGCUUUUUGAAAAAACCUCCAUCCGAUGACGAUGAUAUCUAUGUUUCAAAGCCGCAAUCUCCUGCAUAUGUGGGACUUUACGAGGCAGGCGAAGCUGAAGAUAAGACAAAUCUGGCGAGCAAAGAGACCACCCGGAAUGUCAAGAUCAGACUGAAGCGCUUUGAGGCCAGUCUUACCUCUGACCUGAAUGAGUCUGGAGGUCUCACAGACCAGAAAAAUGCGUGCUUGGUACUGGACGAGGUGUUUGCUUCCGUCACUCAAUCUUACUCGAGCGAGGAUAUUCACAAUCCUUAUCUUACAGACGCAGCACCCUCUGUAACUAGUAUAUUCACGAUCGAUAAAGUCUCGGUUUGGAAAGGGGACUUUAAUAAGGACUCCAAUAAAGUGGUCUCGUUCUCGUCAGAGUCAUUGCGGAACACUCCAGAUAUAUCUAUGGCAGUUACGAGCUCGAUUGUCUCUCUCGAAAUUCCAAAAGAGCUACACAUAACAGCUUCUGCCGAUUUCUUGGAAGAGCUGGCGUCGUUUGCGAAAAGCAUGUUGGCAGUCUCCAAAACUCUCGGGCGCCCGAGCAAUGCUCCGUCAUCAUUCGACAAAAGUGGAAGCAAUGUUGGAAGCAAAAUCGGCUCCAAGUUCUAUGGUACUACUGGUCCCAUCUACAUCAAUAUGCCGACAAGCGAUCCGGCGGUUCAGAUUGACGUUAGGAUCAAUCCCAUAUCGAUCGAUCGGGCGGCGCUAAAAACUGACCUCGUGGUAGCUCGACUACCUGGGUCUGAUAUCAGCCUUUACAACAUACAUCUCGAGAGCUCGCCUAGAGGGAAAUUCGUCGAUCCAGACCCUCAUGAAGGAAGACUUGAUGGACUGGAUUUGGUCUAUCGAUUAUUAAUCUCUUCUCUGAAAGUCAACUGUUCAUCUGUGGAAACUUUGCAGUCUUCGAUUCUUGCCAUAGCUGGGGAUGCGACGAAGGUUCUAAACGCAUUUAGCGUUCCUGACCAACGGCCUCCCGCCAGUCGACCGCCUCCUACCAGGGUCCGAUUUCAGCAGCGACACCCCGGAAGUGUUGUCGAGAUUGCGGAAACAGUUGUGGCGCUUGAGUUUCCUGGCGAAGUCGGGAACGUCGCAGUUAACCUCGAUAAACUCGCGAUCGCAAGCUUUGAGGCCGGUUGUAUCAAUAUCUGGACCGAGUAUCUGAGAGUUGUCCGACAUGCGCCUAUGGGCACGAACGACGAGGAUGAGUUCGAAUUGUUGGGUGCAGCAUUGAAUGACCGUCACGGAGACCGGCCGAUGUUGUCCGCCGUUAUUCGGGAUAUGAACAAUCUUAAUAUCAAACUGUACAAUACGAAAUUCGAGUACCGAGUUGAUUUGGUGAUGUUGUUUGCGUCGGCGUUUGAGUCGAAAAAGAAAGAGGCUGACAAGGAGCCCAAAGUACUUCGACAAAGUCUGUUUGGGAUUGAGAGGCCAGAUUCUCCUUCUUCGGACUUUGAUGAGAUAGACUCAUCCUAUGGCGAAAAGUCUGGUAUUGACGACGAAGACUACGCGGAUGAAGACUUCGGCAUGCCUCGUCCUUCUGAGCUUGGUGAAUCGAUUGCAACCUUAAAGUCGUCUGACGUCCCAUUCAAAUUCGAGAUCAACAUUCGCGACUGUGCUAUCGGCCUUAACCCGUUGAACCUUCCGAGCAAAGGGUUACUGGUGAUCACAGACGGCCAAGGUGAUGGAUAUGCAAAGGAUAUGACUAGCGGGGUGUACGCAAAUCUCAAAGUGCGACGUGCUACUCUCUUUUUGGUCGACGACCAGCAGAGUCUCCACUAUACUCCACCGCGAAAUGUUCAUAUAGGCCGACGACGCGCGCAGGUGGUUGAGCAUCUGACCCCGUUUGCUGACUUGGGAUACGUUAAUGUCGCCUCAAUGUCCUCUGCGUCAGUCAAUAUGAAGAUUUCGAAAGGGCAAGCACUUGAUUCAGCUGAGGCCGGUCCUACUGCGAUUGAGAUGGAAGUGCGAGAUGAUCUUUUGUUCAUCGAGUCGUGCGCAGACUCGACUCAGACCCUUAUUGAGCUUUUCAAUGGCCUUAAACCGGCCGUCGUUAUUCCGCCGGAUGAAGAACGGUAUCAGACGGAAGUUGCUCCCGUUGAUAUCAUGGCCAGCUUGGACGACGACGCGUUUAGGGUAGCUUCCAAAGCUGCAACUGGCACCGUGCACAACUCGGUGCUGAGUGACGCGGAAACGGUUACGGACAAGCUUAUGGCGCCGUCGUCUGAUUUGGGUUUGAGCGUUGACAGCCUGUACCCGCCUACGACAGAGAUGGAACGUCAACUGCGGGAAGCAGUUUCGUCUGAUCUCGAGAUUGUGGAGAGCUACUAUGGAGGCAACACCGAAGAUGGUACUGAAGAUGCUCUUGCUGGUGAGGUAGAAGCAGAUUAUAGUACUUCUCGGAAACAUUCUGCGUCGUCGCUAUCGGAGGAUGAGUACAAUACAGUUUCUCGGUUGAUGUCGAGUACAGAAUCAGAUGUCCAUGGAGAUCUGUUGUCUGAUGUGCUCAUCGACGAGCCGCCUCAGAAAAUCACAAAGCCGCAGGACAAUCUCCAAGCGUCUGCCUCGGUUUCGCAGCAGGAAGCAGUGGACAUCAUCAACAAAGAAGUGCGCGAAGCAGUCACCAAGAUUGAGAUUCUCGAGGAUCAUUUUGGAGGCGGCCGCUCUCUUAUGAACACCACUAUGCUUAACGGGGAGACCCCUUUGGUGACUGUGAAAGUUCGCGACGUUCACGUUCUUUGGAAUCUUCACGAUGGAUACGACUGGCCUCAUACGCGCGAUUCUAUCUCAAAGGCAGUCAAAAAGGUUGAAAACCGCGCUUUGAAGGCGAUUAGAGCACGGAUUCAGGGCGGUGGGUAUGACAACGACGAGGAUGAAUCCAUCAUUGGCGACUUUUUGUUCAACUCGAUUUAUAUCGGGGUGCCGUCAGGGAAUGAUCCUCGGGAGCUGACGAACGCUAUUAAUCGCGAGAUCGACGAUGAUAGCGAGACAGCUAGUCAAACGUCUUGGUCAACUGAAUACUCUUCUCGACCUGCAAGCCGGGGCGGUAGCAGAUCAGGGACUCCGAACAAAUCCAAGCUCCGACUGAAGCGGUCAAAGUCGCAUAAGCUCCAGGUCGAGCUCAAGGGUGUCAGUCUUGAUUUCAAUGCGUAUUCCGAAAGUUGUGUUGUUGCGAACUCUCUUGAUGUGAGGGUUCGUGAUUUCGAGAUUUUCGACAACGUGCCGACUUCAACCUGGCGGAAGUUCGUGACCUCGAUGUAUCCUGCAGAAGAGCGAGAGAAGGGUGGAAGUAUGGCGCAUUUGGAGAUGCUCAAUGUGCGGCCUGAUCCUGCUCUUCCGCUUUCGGAUAUAGUUUUGAAGGUCGGCGUUCUACCUCUGCGUCUGUAUGUGGAUCAGGACGCGCUUGAUUUUUUGACUCGAUUUUUUGAGUUCAAAAGCGACAACACACCGGUUCCAGCGACGGAUGAAAUUCCGUUUUUACAACGCGUCGAGUUUGCGGAAGUCAAAGUGAAACUUGAUUACAAGCCGAAGAAAGUCGACUACGCGGGUCUAAGAUCAGGGCACACGACCGAGUUUAUGAAUCUGUUUGUGCUUGACGAGGCCAAGAUCAUUUUGCGUGGUGUGGUGUUGUAUGGAAUUCUAGGGUGCCCACGACUUAUCCGAGAGUUGAAUGAUAUUUGGCUGCCGGACAUCAAGUCUACACAGUUGGGUGAUGUUUUGGCGGGUGUGGCGCCUGUGCGGUCGAUAGUGAAGCUUGGAGGCGGUAUGAAGGAUUUGGUUGCUGUACCGAUUAGGGAGUACCGAAAGGAUGGACGGGUGGUCCGAAGUCUCCAAAAGGGUGCUUUGCGGUUCGCAAAGGUGACGACUAAUGAGCUCGUUAAUCUGGGAGCGAAGAUAGCGAUCGGAACGCAGAGUGUUCUUGAGAAUGCGGAGACUAUGAUUGUCGGCCAGUCCUCGUCUGGGAACGGAGCCGGCGGCAGCAGUGCUCGGCAGUUCAGGGACGAAUCAGAUAGUGAGGACGAGACGCAGAAAGUGGUGAGCAUGUAUGCCGAUCAGCCAAAGAAUAUCUCGCAGGGGUUCAGUCGGGCAUAUUCGAGUCUCAACCGGAACUUUGGUACGGCGAGAGAUAUCCUCGUUGCUCUGCCAUCGGAGGCGAGUGAGCAAGGAGGAGCGCAGAAAGCAGCCGUUGCGAUUGCUCGUGCUGCGCCUGUUGCAGUGUUGCGGUCGAUGAUUGGUGCUUCGGAGGCGGUGUCGAGUACGUUGCUUGGAGUUAGUAAUCAGAUGGAUCCGAGCCGUCGUCGGAACGUUGAAGAUAAAUACAAACGCUGAUAUUUCUGAGGAGUUUAGUGUGAUUUCUCCUUUCUUUCCUUUUCUUCUUUCUUUUCAAUAUUGUUUAUGUUUUCUUGUAUUGGGUUUACACGGCGUUGGUAGAAGCUCUACUCACUCACUCUUUUCUUUUAUUUUAUGAUUUCGGUUUCGAUCCUCUUUCUUUUCUUCUUAUUGCAGGUUCUUUUGCUUGAACCGAUGACGUUUGGAUGAGAAAGCAUGGAAGGCAGAUUUUUGGUGAUGAUGGCUUCAUUACAAUAUAGUUGAAUAUCGCCUUUCAUUGAUUGACAUGGGGAACCCCGCGCCCCACUAUUUAGCGUGCGGCUUAUUACUCAGCGAUGCUGACCGAUUACAAACCCGAUUAAGUAAUUUGACUUAGGACUUGUU